AUGAAAGUCUCUGGAGCACUUCUGUGCCUGCUGCUCAUAACAGCAGCCUUCAUUCUCCAGGGGCUUGCUCAGCCAGUUAAGGCCCCUCUUCCCUUCGUCUCUCCCUUCCUUUUCAUCUGUUUCUCUCUUCUAGAAAGCCCUAAGCCCAGUGCACUCAAUGUCCCAUCCAUCUGCUGCUUCACAUUUAGCAGUAAGAAGAUCUCCUUGCAGAGGCUGAAGAACUAUCAGAUCACCAACAGGCGGGGUCCCCAGAAGGCUGUCAACUUCAGAACCAAACUGGACAAGGAGAUCUGUGCUGACACAAAGGAGAAGUGAGUUCAGAAUUAUAUGAAAUGCCUGGGCCAGAAAGCUCACACCCCAAAGACUUGAACUCUGCUACCCACGCUGAAAUCAAGCCAGAGUAUGUGAAAUGACUUUUCCAUUCUCCUCUGGCCUCCUCAUCUAUACUUUGGAAUAUUUCUACCAUCAUUUUCAAAUAGAAUGCAUUCUGUUUGGUGAUGCAAAAUGUACUCUGUGUUAAGUAAUAUUGACUGUUACUUGAAUUGUUGCUGGUUUGGAGUUUGAGUAUGGGUGUUCUUUUUUAAAGCAAGGCCUUGAGCAAGUUUGUUCCUGUCUGUGGGCCCCCGUGCCUUCCACUGUGAGCCGCUGGCAGUGGGUUCUCUUGUACUCGCAGGGGUUGAGAGUGUGCCUGUGGGAGUCACGGACAUGAAGGGAUGCUGCAAGGCAGGGAGGAGAACUCUUCGUAAAUAUCAAGUGUUGCUAAAUAUGUUAUUGUGGAAAGACAAAUGCAAUAAUAGGCCUGCUGACAUUGUGCAGAAAGUACACUUUAUUUAAAAUCUC